AUGAAUGCUGUCUUGGGUGUGCUGAAAUAUUGGCCACGAUUAUACAACAAAUUAGCUUUGGUAAGUAAUAAGAGUUUUCUGGUGCAGCUGUGCGAUAAUUCGCAUACUUACGUACCAGAGGUACGCCAAUAUUGCUAUCUGCGUACUUAUUUUUUUGCUGGUAGCUCAUGACCUUUCCAAGUCCAAGGUAUUCAAUACCGUAAUUUAGUUGGUAUAUCAUGUGUCUGAGAUGUCUUGGCUUGAAACAUGAUUGCACUGAUGGCACUAAGAAACGUUGGAGUCGGUUGUUUGAAAUAGCAAAACUCUGUUUUUAAAUAGCAAAACUUUUUUUUCAAAUAGCAAAACUCCGUUUUCAAAUAGCAAAACUCCGUUUUCAAAUAGCAAGACUUUCUUUUCAAAUAGCAAAACUCCCUUUUCAAGUAGCAGAAGUCCCUUUUCAAAUAGCAGAACUCCCUUUUCAAAUAGCAAAACUCCUUUUUCAAAUAGCAAAACUCCCUUUUCAAAUAGCAAAACUCCCUUUUCAAAUAGCAAAACUCCCUUUUCAAAUAGCAAAACUCCCUUUUCAAAUAGCAAAACACCCUUUUCAAAUAGCAAAACUCCCUUUUCAAAUAGCAAAACUCCCUUUUCAAGUAGCAAAACACCCUUUUCAAAUAGCAAAAAUCCCUUUUCAAAUAGCAAAACACCCUUUUCAAUAGCAAAACACCCUUUUCAAAUAGCAAAACUUCCUUUUCAAAUAGCAAAACUCCCUUUUCAAAUAGCAAAACUCCCUUUUCAAAUAGCAAAACUCCCUUUUCAAAUAGCAAAACUCCCUUUUCAAAUAGCAAAACUCCCUUUUCAAAUAGCAAAACUCCCUUUUCAAAUAGCAAAACUCCCUUUUCAAAUAGCAAAACACCCUUUUCAAAUAGCAAAACUCCCUUUUCAAAUAGCAAAACACCCUUUUCAAAUACCAAAACUCCCUUUUCAAAUACCAAAACUCCCUUUUUAAAUAGCAAAACUCCCUUUUCAAAUAGCAAAACUCUCUUCUUAAAUAGCAGAACUCCCUUUUCAAAUAGCAAAACUCCCUUUUCAAAUAGCAAAACUCGUUUGCUAUCUUGUAGUCAGAACAUACUUUUCAGAAACCUGUACUUUAUGAACUUUAUUUGUAAAGACUAAGCACACAUUGAGCAUUGAGUACUGAGUUUGUUCUAGCGCAAGUACGCGGCAACAACCAUUGGCGUACCAGUCAGGUACCACUAGAAAUCUUGAAUGAUCGUAACCUGUCAACAGACUUGCUACAAGUUGUUCCAACAACUUGUUAUCGUCCAGCAAUUCAACAAUUUGUCAACAAGUUGCGAGUGACAACUUCAGCGUAGCGACUUUAUGAAACAACAGCAUUGUUACAACUUGUUGACAAGCUUGCCACAAGCCUGUUGCGAACACAUCUUGUUGACAAGUUGUACAUUUUUUACGUAUAAUAAAAAAUUUUCCAAAUCAUAACGUUUGCCUUUUUUACUAGACUUCAAGUGCCGGUGGUGAUGGCGACGGCAUAUUCUCUGGUGAAGCUUUGACUCCAUCCAUACCGGACGAUCAGGCAAAGGUAUUAUGAUAUGCAUUUCACACCUGUUUUUUACGAUUGUUUUGAAAGAGAAUUCAAAUUGACCAAAUAGAUGCAACGUGCAUGCUAGACUACAAUCCUGCAUGGCAAAAACUAAUGAACAUCCAGUUUGAUUAACAAUUCAAUUUAUUCUUCCCCCCUUCCAAUGUUGAGUAAGAUGAUGGUCUCUGUCAUCGAUGAACUAUUGUACACAAUUUUUUUAGAAUCUAUGUCCAACAUUGUGCAGGGCGAGUGGAUUUUGUCUGUUUUAUUAUACACUCACGCGCACUUAAUUAAUCAGUAAUCGUUGAGAGGGUCGCGUGCCGAUCCAAUAUUUUUCGAUAUUGGACAGGAACCUAUUGGACAGUUGCGAAAUGUGGCUUUUUUCAUGGUUUUUCAACCCUUUUCAGAUGUUUUGUCAAUUUCAAACAUACGACAAACGAUAUGGCAGAAUAAUGAAAAGAAUUUGGGACAUUAAUACAGUUUUUUCUACCAGUUUUGUUUAAAAAUAUAAAAGCGUGGGAAAACUUGUCUUCGUGACAUUUAUUUGUUUGCAACAGCCUAGAAGUUAGUAAUAUCAUUUUUUCGUUAAAAUUAGGUCAAAUUUCCUUUAAACAUACAUGGAAUUGAGUUUAUUUAUGCACACAUAUUUGUAAAAACAGGUUUAUUAACUUUUUUUUAGUUAUUUAAGCAAAUUCGCCGCCGAUAUAUGUAUAGUAAUGUUGUCGCUUUAUUAGACUCGCUGUAUUUACUUUAUCGCUUAUUGACAAUUUUGUUAUAGAAUUAUUUUGUUCGAUAUAAUAUAACUCCUAUUGAAGUCAUCUUCGCCCAGUAUGGCAAAAUAUUAAGUCUCGACUUCAAUAUUAGGCUCGACCUUAAUAUUUUGCCAUAUUGGGCUCAGAAGAAUCCAAUAAGAUAUAUUAUUGAUUUUUUAUAGGUGUUUCAUGAACCUUUUGCCAAGAUUGUAGAUUGUAAUCUAAGUCAAACACCACAGCUAAAAAGAACAUAAUGAAAUUAGCAGUGGCGCCGCCAACUGGAUAAUUGGGGGGGGGCGAAUAUUCAUAUCUUCGUGUUCUGCAUUAUUAACUUCUUUUGAAAUCGAUUGUUUUUAUGGUCUGUGAACACAAAUAUAUGAAUAUUCGCCCCCCCCCAAUUGACCUUUCCCCUUAUAACUAAAAUUUCGAUCUAGAUAAAAAUUUCAUCACAGCUUGAAAGAGCAUCACAAAAUUAGUAAUAUUCCAAAGUUUUGUUGCAAAAUCUUGUAAAAUGCGGAUAAUAUAGCCUUGCGAAGUUUGCCGUUUUUCAGUCAUUUUGUAUUACAAACGGGAAAUUGACAUACGAUUCGGGUGUUGGGGCAUCAAUUUCCCGUUUGUAAUCUAAAAUGACUGAAAAUUGCAAAUUUCGCAAGGUUAUAUUAUCCGCAUUUUACAACAUUUCGCAACGAAACUUUGGAAUAUUACUAAUUUUGUGACGCUCUUUCAAGCUGUGAUGAAAUAUUUGUCUAGACUUGCCUAGAUCAAAAUUGUGGUUAUAAGGGGAAAGGUCUAUUAUCGAUCUGGCGGCGCCACUGGAAAUUAGUAACAUUGCGAAAGUAGCGUAGCACGAGCGUGUUGUCCUGACGUGUUGACGAUAUCAGACUUGUUGGAACAACUUGUUGCGAGUCUGUUACCGUCAACAGCAUUGUUACGAGAUGAUAACAACUUGUUCCGGACUUGUCAACAACUCUAGCUCUAUCAGUUCUAAACUGUUCUUCCUAGAGGUCCAGUAAGAAUAAUCUCUUAUUGAUCCAGUGUUACUACAGGAGGAAACCUAAACUAAACUAACUUUAUUUAUACUGGAUAGCUCUAUCAGUUCUAAACUGUUCUUCCUAGAGGUCCGGUAAGGAUCAUCUCUUAUUGAUCCAGUGUUACUACAGGAGGAAACCUAAACUAAACUAACUUUAUUUAUACUGGAUAGCUCUAUCAGUUCUAAACUGUUCUUCCUAGAGGUCCAGUAAGGAUCAUCUCUUAUUGAUCCAGUGUUACUACAGGAGGAAGCCUAAACUAAACUAACUUUAUUUAUACUGGAUAGUUCUACCAGUUCUAAACUGUUCUUCCUAGAGGUCCAGUAAGGAUCAUCUCCUAUUGAUCCAGUGUUACUACAGGAGGAAACCUAAACUAAACUAACUUUAUUUAUACUGGAUAGCUCUAUCAGUUCUAAACUGUUCUUCCUAGAGGUCCAGUAAAAAUCAUCUCUUAUUGAUCUCACAACUUGUCAGCAAGAUGUGUUCGCAUUGCUUGUUCCUUGACAAUUUAGAACAAGUUGUGAUCACCUUGUAACAAGGUUGAUGAGGCCAACAGACUCGCAACAAGUUGUUCCAACAAGUCUGAUAUCGUCUGCACGUAACAAGUCGAUGACAACAAGCUCGUAGCAACUUGUUACGAACAGCCUGCAUUAGUCUUGUUGGAACAACUUGUAGCAAGUCUGUUGUCCUCACCAAUAUUGUCACAAGAUGAUAACAACUUGUUCCAGACUUGUCACUCAACAACUGGGACAAGCAGUGCGAGCACAUCUUGUUGACAAGCGGAAUUUGUUUAGAGUAAAUAUAGCAAUCAUUAUGAGCGGCACAUCACUUAAACGUAAACGCAUUUUUUCCCAUUUUUAGACUCUCAUAACCGAGAGCAUGGAUCCGAGUCUCUUGUUUGACGCAAUUUCCGCUGGUACAUUAGAUACCUCAGGUAUAAUUCUACGACAGAAUUUUUCUUAUUGUGUGUUCAAUGUUUGUCUUUUGUAUGUGGAAAAUUAUUUUAAUAUUUUUUUCUCAGUGAUAUUUCAAUCUUUUUACGCAGGAGAAAGCGGAGAAAUGCGUAUUACCACACCAUUCUCGAUACCAACAGACGAGGGUUAGUGUUUAAAAGAUACCGUAAACAAAAUACUAACUUCAGUAACUUGUGUCCAAUCUACAAAAUUUUAGAUCUUUUUCAGGGGGCCGGUUGUAUAAAAAAGUGAUUAAAAUCAUAGACGGAUUUUUAUAUUAACGUUCGGUGGUGGAUAAAUAUCUGGGGGGUGCUGCUUGCUUGCUUUGGCCGGGGCGUGGUGGCAACGCCCGGAAAAUCCGUGCCUGAUUAAAGUUAACUAUAGUUAGUGGAAACGUCAUCCGAUAAGAAGCGCGUAUUUGAGAGUUAACCAAUAUUUAACUACAAAAUAGUGAUUAAAAAAGUGAUUAAGAGUUUUAUACAACCGACCCCAGGUAGUUCAGACAUGAACCACGGCAGCUUUUGAUGGAACACUACAUACAAUGAAUCACCACGUUUGAGAUAUCUUUUUCAGGUAGUUCAUACACAAACCAGGUCCAGUGUAGGUAGUAUUCUACAAUAAGCUGUCGUGAUUUGUGUCUGAACUACCUGAAAAAGAUAUCUCAAACGUGGUGGUCCAGUGUAGGUAGUAUUCUACAAUAAGCUGUCGUGGUUUGUGUCUGAACUACCUGAAAAAGAUAUCUCAAACGUGGUGGUCCAGUGUAGGUAGUAUUCUACAAUAAGUUGUCGUCGACAGUUUAUCGUAGAAUACUACCUACACUGGACCACCACGGUUGAGAUAUCUUUUUCAGGUAGUUCAGACACAAACCACGACAGCUUAUUGUAGAAUACUACCUAUACAAUGUUUCAACAAAAUUCUUAUAAAUGCACGGGUAUACAUGAAUAUAUAUGCUAUUAUUUUUUCAGAAAGUGAUGGAUUAAUCAGUCAAGCGUUAUUGACGGGAAACUUUGAAGUUGCUGUUGAUGUUUGCUUCAGAUGUGAUAGAAUGGUACGUCUGUGCUGAUUGCAUAGCCCUAAUGGCUCUCACAAUAUUCUGUAGUCUAUGCAUUAAAACACUAUAUUGCAUUGGUAAGAAGGAUGCACUUAUGAUUAGGAUCUUAGGGUUUGUAAUCCAAGUGAGAAUAUAUACAUUUUAAGACCUAACCAGGAACGACUGCGAAAAAUGCAGCACAAGGUCCUCUGGUAGGAAUUGAACCUACGGCCCUGCGAUUCCGGUGCAGCGCUCUAACCAUUUCUGAGCUCGUAUCAGUACAGUUAAAAUUCUUUCUAUCGUUUCUUUCUUUUGGAAAAUAUUUUAAAAAUAUUUUCUUGGACCAAAUACUCAUCCCAGGUCAAAAACUUUACCAAAGGAUACCAUUCAGUUGUCACACAUGUCCUUUACCACUUCUGUGAGACACGAGUUCGAUAACUGCUUGUGCAAUUUUCUGCAGUCUAAAGUUUCAUGUUGUCUGCACAUGUACUUUCUUUGGAGAUACCAUUUGCCUCCUGACAAAUCGAAAAAUGAUCAAGAUAUAGUGACUCGGAUUGAUUUACAUAUUGUAUUGAGAUAUGACUGUUGACAUUGUUUUUUAGUCUUCAAUAUUUGGGUGAGUCAUGCUUUGGAAGUGACAAUACAUUUUUAUUACCCAAACCUUGAGUUGUUUUGUUUUUCGUUUACCCAAUCUUUUACUAAAAACGUUUCACUGAAAAAAAACUUUCAAAAAUGUCAAGAUCUCUUAGAUUAAAUUUUCGAUUUAUAUCUUACCACAUUUUAGGCUGAUGCUUUUCUACUGGCAAUCGCUGGCGGACCCGAACUCCUUGCUAAAACUCAACAAAUGUACUUUCAAAAUAAGAAGAGUAAUCUGAAGCGGGUAAGAAGAAUACUAUAAAACUCUAGCUUGAUCAAACACGGAUCAGAGUUGAUAAGAGUUGUAACUCUCGCCUGCAUUAGGCAAUUCCAGCUAUGGACUAAAUUUUGAUCUAGGCAACAAAAACAGAAUUUAAAGUUAGUUCGUUCACUGCAACCAGGUAUAUCAAUCAUGUUUCGCUCGCUACUCUGGUUUAAAUAAAUGAUUACAAAGAACAAAAUUCAUCACCAUAGCUCAAAAGAGCAUGUUAAAAUUGCAAAGUUUGGUGGAGAAAUUUUUAAAAUAUAGCCCUACGAAACUUGCAAAUUUUGUAAUAAUUUGUAUUACGCACGGGAAAGUGCACGGCAUUUCGGCCCAAAUGUGGUGCAUUUUCCCGUGCGUAAUACAAAUUACUGUCGUUCCAAUUGAAGUGUUGCUCAAAUAUUGAUUCAAUACAUUACCUCUGGCUGACCAAUUCAUUUGAUCGAGUUCCUCGAGAUAUUCAUACACUUCCUGUGAAAGAGCUAAUUCCAAGUAUUUGAUCAUUUCUGGUCACUUCCUUUCUGUUUAUGAUUGGUUAGUUGCACAAACAGCAAAAUUUGAUUGGUGCAUUCAAACUAUUCAACAGGAAGUUUACAAUUAUACCAGGAAGUGUAUGAAUAUCUCGAGGAACUUGAUGAAAUGAAUUGGUCAGCCCGAGGUAAUGUAUUGAAUCAAUAUUUGACCAACACUUCAAUUGGAACGACAGUAAUACAAAAUUUGCAGGGCUAUACUUUCCUCAUUUUACAACAUUUCUCCACCAAACUUUGCAAUUUUACUAAUUUUAACAUGCUCUUUCUAGCUGUAGUGAUGGAUUUUGAAUCAUUCAUUGACCAUUGACUUCUUUCUUCUAGUUGAUGUCCGUGGUAGUGAAUCGUGAUUGGCCUGAUGUUGUCAAGAGUUGCAAUUUGGAGAACUGGCGCGAGGCUCUUGCGAUCCUAGUCACAUAUGCUAAGCCGGAAGAGUUUGCUCCACUCUGCGAUCUGCUAGGUCAGCGGCUAGAGGCACAACAGGACGAGAAUUAUGCUAAUGCGAUGGUGUGUUAUAUCUGCGCCGGAAAUGUGGAGAAGUUUGUCUCCUGUUGGUAAGUAGAAAAUACAGACGAUAUUAAGGUUACAGAACACCUUUGAGUGUUAAUUUUGCCUAAAAUUUUUUAUUGGUUUCAAUGAAAGCAUCAGACUAGUUCUACUAUCUGACCAAGUUUGAACGAAAAAUGUUGAAAACUCGCAGAGUUAUUUAAUAAAAUACAUUUCGCUGCAAUAAGAAAAACAUUGAAAAUGUAGUAUUCAAAUUCAAUUUUCUCCCGAAGAAUUUUACGGUAAUUACUUAUUUUCAAACGAUUUUUUAAUUUUGGAUAUUUUAAAAAUAAAGAGCAAUUCACUCAAACAAUUCAGAAAUAUAUUGCAGUCGUCAAAGAAAUCGCCAUAUCAGCGGAAUGACGAAAUAAACAAAAAUUUCCGAACACAAUUUUUUAGAACAACUAUUUUACUGUAUAAAAAUGAUAUUUUCAUAAAUAUAACUUAAAACCAGCAGGAGCACAACUCAAAAGCGUAAAGGUUCCGCGAUUUAAGAUUUUCCUGAAUAAUUCGUACAUUAUUUUAUUGUUUGUUAAUUUUACAACUUUACCUUAUUUUGCAUGCACUGCAUGGAGAACAUUUGGUGAAAAUUUGAUGAAAAUCGGACUGAUAUUGAGCGCGCAGUAGCGUUUUCCGCAAAACGCCAAAAAGGGUGUCCUGUAACCUUAAGCGAGCUGAAACAAACGAAUAAGCUCGCUAGUAUCGCUUAAGACCAGAAGAAAUUUUCUCUUUUUAAAUUACUUUUAUCGUUAACCCCAUAAAUCUAUUUGGUGAACACUAUAUGCGUAUUAUGCUAAAGUGUCGCUGUUCUUUAUUUUGUUCUAGGUCUAAAACGAUGCCCGCUGAACCGUCGCCUUUAGAACUGCAAGUACGUAUAUUAUUAUUAUUAUAUUCAAAAUUCAAUGCCUUGCAAGUAUAUAUUAUAUAUACCUAGAAUAUUUGCAAAACGUAUGUGUACAUCGUUAAAGAUGUAAAGAGAGUAAUUAAACCGUAGAACGCUAAAAUGAGUGAUCUUCUCAUAUUUUAACACAUUUGGGUGUACAACUAUAUUAUUAAUUAAAAGACAUUGGCAAUAUAAAACAGUUUGUCUCAUUCAAAGGAAAUUAUAUAUUAAACUCUAUUAACGAUUUGUCAUAUCUUGCUUAGUUCCUGAAAUAUUUAGAGCGAAAUUAAUGAGCUUUCCGCCAUCUUGGACUAAUUCUUGACCUCAUUAACUAUGGUUUUGAUGACGUCAGGAGUUGGGUUAACCAUAUAAAACUACUCUAAAAUGACUGAGUAACAAUCCAGAAUUGUUUGAAAUGUUUUUAAUCAUUUCUAAAUUUCAGACAGCAACCAGAAACCCAUAUUAAUCGCUCAUUCUGAAGAUAAAAAAUUAGCGUGACCCCUCUCUUGACGUAACAUGCAUAUCCUCAAUAAUCCAAGAUGGCGAACAGCUCACUUUUUUCAGUCGAAAUAUUUUGAAAACUAAGCAAGAUAUACUGUAAACAAUCUGUAAUAGAAUUUGAGAGUGGGAUGUAAGAGUUCUUUCAAAUGAAAUGAACUUAGUGUCCUUUACAACCAUUAUAGUCCUGCACUUAAAAAGUUUGAUUGAAUCCGUGGAAAUAGUAAUCAAUUUCAAUUUGUUGGUAGGCGGAAGUGUGGAACUGUGAAAACGUCCACAGAUUUCAUGUCUUCUUUGGAUUCGGGAAAACGUUCUUCUGCAAAACCUUUGAAGUUUGAAUCAUGAGAUUUUUAAACAGUAUUACAAGUUUACAUUACUUCAUGUUAGUAUCUGUUCUAAAGUUUACUCUACAUUUUUCAAACACCCCUGGCUUUGUGAGUUUUGUGCCGCUAUGUUUCUUCACUUCAACAUUUUCAUUCAACCAAGUACGCCAUCAAAUUGAUCAAAAUGUCAAAUGUAUAAUAAUAUUGAAAACUGAAGGUAUAAUUUCCCAGAAUUUGGGAGUCCGUUUUUCGUUGUACAUCGUCUCCCUUUUCCGCAGAAUUUGCGAGUCCGCUUUUGUUGUAGGCCGUCCCAAGACGCCUUUCUGUGUAAAAGCCUGGUUACAAGUCUUUUUUGUUUGUUUUUAGAAUCUUAUUGAGAAAGUGAUGAUUUUAAAGCAAGCUGUUGAAAAAGAACGACGUCAAGUGGUUAAAGCCACGAACUCUCACGUCUCGGAAAUGUUGUGGUAAGUUUUCUAACUAGGCAAUUCUAUGAUGAAAUCUCUAAGUAUUCCCAGUCAAUUUUAGCAAAUAUUUCAAGCAUUAAACAGUGAUAAAUGCAUCGCAAAUUUCGUUAAAAUUGGGGACGCCAAUUUCGUAGUUACAAAUGUAAAAAAAUACAAAACAAAGACGAAAAACAUUUACCUUGAAUACUUUUGUCGUGGCUUAGGCAUGUUUUUAAAACAAUUAGACCAGUUUAUGCUUCAAUAUUACUCUUUUAAAGCGGAAAAUGUAGCGAAAUAACAAAAAUGCUGAGAACUUUGGGAAUACGCGUGACGUUACAGAUUGCAACUAGGUUUAGACUGUGACGUCAGCAAGUUUCCUAUCCAGUUCUUUUACAAUCCAUGAUCUGACCAUAGAUUAAGUAAGGAUAGUUUAUACUUAAGUAUAUACUUCAUCUGUAGUCUUACUCGGUACUACAGAGGAGAUGGACUACUGUGUAUAUUAUUAUGUGUCCUUACUUAAUCUGUAUCACGGAUUACUUAAUCUGUGCCGUUAUAAUUAAAGCAAAACACGAAUAAUUCUUAUCUUUAACUUGAAAAUGAUGCAAGAAGUAUCGAAACGUCGUUGUAAUAAAAUAAAAUUAAUAUCGCUAUCAUUUGUUUCAAAGUUAAAAAUUAUUCUUCCCCGUUGUAUCUUUCAGUAAGUACGCUAGUAUAUUGGCGUCCCAAGGCAGCGUUGAGAUUGCAAUGGAGUAUUUGAUGUCAGCCAAUGACCAGGUACCGUCCUGUUACAAUAAUAUUCUUCUCAACAAUGUAUAGCUUUGCUUUCGAAACAUAUUUGCUGGAAAUUAAAGGAUUUUCGUUUCAAUUGGUCAAUCCUAAAACACGCAUUUCUUACAGUAAAAAUUUCGCAUCUUAUAGCAAGUCUGUCAACAAGUUGUGUGCGCACUGCUUGUCCCAAGUUGUCAACAAGUAUGGAACAAGCUGUUAACAACUUGCAACAACCUUGUUGAUAUUAUCAGACUUGUUGCAAGGUUGUUCCAACAAGUCCGAUACAGUCAUGUUAUAUAAGUACCAUAUUGCUACAACCUUGUGUCGUCAACCUUGUAACAUUCUUAUUAUAUCAUGACUAUAUCAGACUUGUUAGAACAACCUUGUAACAUUCUUGUUAUAUCAUGACUGUAUCAGACUUGUUGGAACAACCUUGUAACAUUCUUGUUAUAUCAUGACUGUAUCAGACUUGUUAGAACAACCUUGUGACAUUCUUGUUAUAUCAUGACUGUAUCAGACUUGUUAGAACAACCUUGUAACAUUCUUGUUAUAUCAUGACUGUAUCAGACUUGUUAGAACAGCCUUGUAACAUUCUUGUUAUAUCAUGACUGUAUCAGACUUGUUAGAACAACCUUGUAACAUUCUUGUUAUAUCAUGACUGUAUCAGACUUGUUAGAACAACCUUGUAACAUUCUUGUUAUAUCAUGACUGUAUCAGACUUGUUAGAACAACCUUGUAACAUUCUUGUUAUAUCAUGACUGUAUCAGACUUGUUAGAACAACCUUGUAACAUUCUUGUUAUAUCAUGACUGUAUCAGACUUGUUAGAACAACCUUGUAACAUUCUUGUUAUAUCAUGACUGUAUCAGACUUGUUAGAACAACCUUGUAACAUUCUUGUUAUAUCAUGACUGUAUCAGACUUGUUAGAACAACCUUGCAACAUUCUUGUUAUAUCAUGACUGUAUCAGACUUGUUAGAACAACCUUGUAACAUUCUUGUUAUAUCAUGACUGUACCAGACUUGUUAGAACAACCUUGUAACAUUCUUGUUAUAUCAUGACUGUAUCAGACUUGUUAGAACAACCUUGUAACAUUCUUGUUAUAUCAUGACUGUAUCAGACUUGUUAGAACAACCUUGUAACGUUCUUGUUAUAUCAUGACUGUAUCAGACUUGUUAGAACAUUCUUAUAACAAGUCUGACAAUGCCAUCAAGCUUGUUACAAGUUGUCAACAGCUUGUUCCAAACUUUUUACAACAACCGGGCAGAAUUAAUGCAAACACAACUUGUCGACAGCUUGUGAACAGAUUUGUAACAGCUUUUUCUCAGACCUGUAACAACUUGUGUAUGAGGAAAUGUAUUUUGUGUGCGGAGACAACAAUGUUUUCAUGCAAAGAUUUCUCUGUUUUUCCUCCAGGAAGAUGUAUCGGUAUUACGAGAUAGACUCUAUUACGCUCAGUAUCCUAGUCACGUGACAUCUUCCAUAACUCCUCCAUCAUUUCCAUUCCCGAGAGUUGACGUGAAAGCCGCGCCCGAAGUACAACCUCAGGUACAUGUAAUUGUCAAUAUGAAUAUAAGAUAUGAUUAACUUCAUCCAUAGAUGCCAAAGACAUGGUAGUAGUAGAUUUUAUUCACCGUCUUUGGUAGAGAAUUGCAGUGGUAUUAUAGAUUAAAAGAGAUUAAAGAAUUGCAAUAGAUCUAGAGUAUAUGUAUAAACUAAUAUUAGCAACAAUUAUGUUUAUGACUAUGUAACUAAAAUAAUAAUUAUUUCCUACAUAUUCAACUAUAUUGUUUACUAUGUUCGUUAAAAUAGCUCGGAAAAGCUGAUCUCGUUAUAAUGGAUUGUUCAUGUCUGUCAAUAAUUCACUCCACAUGUGAAGUUCUUUGUAUAUAUGUUUGUAUGUACACUGUAAAUUUGUAACAAAACCAAGCUGUCUAUCUUUUUUUUCUAAGUAUACCUAAGUGCCGAUCACUAAUUUAUAAAUAUUUGUCAGUACAGUAGCUGCUACAUGGACUAUUGGUCUUAAUGAAAAACGUAAUGUGCUGUCUAGUAGAUAGGAUAUAGUAUGGCGAUAAAUUAUAUAAUAUGCUUGUGAUGUUAUUCUGAGUGUAUAUCCACACCGGGCAGGCUUGAAAAAUAUGCCUGGCCACGGUGGGAAUCAAACCUACGACCUUUGGAAUACUAGCCCGAUGCUCUGCCAACUGAGCUACGCGGUCAGGACGGUUCGAGUAUGUGAUAUUUCGGAACUGAGUCUAGUUCCUUCGAUAUCAAUGUAAUCUAGUAAUAUUAAUAGCUUGCAUUGAUAUGGAAGGAACCAGAACUACAUAUUUUUCAGGCCUGCCCGGUGUGGAUAUACACCCAGAGUAACAUCACAAGCAUCAUAUUCACCUGAGUACACUAACAGAAAAAAUCAAAUCGUAUAAUACUUUUAAAAUAAAAUAAAAUUUAAUUGCAGCCCCAACGUUUUUUUACUUUACUGUGUUUUUUUCUCUAGCAACAAGCAAGUCAAGCCCAGCAGAGUUUUGCUCCAUCGCAAGUUCAGCAAAAUGUAAGUAAUGCUAUCUGUCCGCAUGUAAUUUAUUUAAAUGUUAAUGGGUCGAGUAUGAUGCGUCCUACUGUACUUCAUUAUUUUACUCUGUCUAACGCCAGACGAUUUUACCCGUCAAGGGUAGAGCGCUGGCCCUUGAUGGGUUAAACUUUGGCCGUUGCCAUGAAUAUAAACAAGGAAAACGCAAACAGGAAAACAUCUGGAACAAAUACAAAACAGCAAGUCGACAAGUUAAAUUAGCAACCUUGUAGCAACGUGAUAAAAUAACAGCAUUGUUACAACUUGUUGACAAACUUGCUACAUGCAAAUCUGUUGCGAACGCAUCUUAUUGACAAGUUGUAAGGAUUUUUACGCGUGUAGUUUUAAUCUUUUCAUUGGUCAUGAAUUGAAUUAUUUUUGUUUCAGACUGGCAUACCACAACAGCCUCAACCAUCAAACUUCUAUAAUCCAGGCAGUUAUAAUCCGACCCAGGCUCCCACCUCGCAUGUGCCGACGUCGUUGUCAGGGCAACAUCAGUUCCCUCAUACGUCAUAUUACCAUGGCAACCAAGCUCCUUCCCAGACCAAUGUCGCGUACCCAUCACAAACAAAUCCAUCUUAUGGUAUAAUGUGUUUAAUAGAUUUUAUAUCAGUCGUGAAUUUUUGUCGAAACAACAUGAGGAAGCCAUUAAGUGUUCAUGAAAUUGAAAUGAAAAACAAAUGAAGUCUUCAAGCUGAGACAAAAGGGCCAUUUAAACGAGACAAAAUAAGACGCUACUUACGUAAGACGCGACUUAAAUAAAACGCGAGUUUGUCGUAUAAAAGGUACAAAAUUCUUAUGUAAGCCUUGGAUAAGACGCGCCUUAAAUAAGAACAUGACUUUCAGCUGUUCUUAUUUAAGUCGCGUCUUGAAUAACUGAAAUUUUGAACAAAAAUUCUAACUAUACAUGCCCGAAACUUGAAACAACGUAAAAUUACUAGCCUUGCAUAUUAAAACAAAAGAAACCGAAACAGCAUUAUAGCUAUAGCAAGUAAAUAAGACUAAAGCCGUAGAGAACCAUUUAUGCGAUAACUCCGCUUAUAUAAGACGCGUAUUAUGUAAGUCGCGACUUAUUUUGUCCCGUAUAAAUGGACCUAAAGUGUGCAAACGAAAAUUUUCGCUUUUCAAGCCUUCCUUGCCGGUCGUACACAUGAAGAAAUUUUUCUUGUCCAAAAGCUUGAGCUUUGGACCAAGGUUCCUUAACUUCCUUGGCAAGAAAAACUGUCAUUUUUUACCGUACAAACAAGCAAAUGAAACUUGUCAAGAAAAUCUUACUCAGCUAGAGAUGUAUGGCGCUUAAUACGCACCAGUUCUGACCGAAAAUCUCCUUUUAGGGACCGGUCGUUAUUUAUGGGGGGGGUACAGCGGAAGAAAAGGGUUGGGUAAACAAAAUGUUGAGUGAGUAAAAGGUUGGGUAAAUGAAAAACAAAACAACUCAAGGGUUGGGCAAUAAAAAUUUAUUGUCAUUUCCAAAGCAUGACCCACUGAAAUAUUGAAGACUGAAAAGCAAUGUCAACAGUCAUAUGUCAAUACAAUAUGUGAAUUAAUCAGAGUCACUAUUUUGAUCAUUUUGACAAAACAAAUGGUGUCUCCAAAGAAAGUGCAUGUGCAGACAACAUGAAACUUUAGACUGCAGAAAAUUGCACAAGCAGUUAUCAAACUCGUGUCACAGAAGUGGUAAAGGACAUGUGUGACAACUGAAUGGUAUCUUUUUGUAACGUUUUUGCCAGGGUGGGUAAUUUUUUUUAAUUGAUAUUUGAGGUUGGGUAAUCAAAUUUCUGUCUUUUUAAUGGUUGGGUCAGCAAAAUUUUUGCCACGAAAAAUAUUUCUCUUCGGUGCCACCCCAUAGAUAAUGACCGGUCCCUUAACACGUUUUAUUUUUCCACAGGAAACCUUCCAGGUAUUCUUCCCCCCACAUCCCAAGGUCCCUCUCCAGUUAGCAAUCAGCCCCCCUCCCCUGGCCACUAUAACCCCCCACCUCCUACCUCGCAGAUAGGUUACCCCAGCAAUGCCCCUCCUCCCAUCCAAGGAUACGGUGUAUCUAAUACUCCAGGGGCUCCCCCCUCCUCCUACCCUCCCCCACCACCAGCUGGACAACUCGGACAACCUCACACAGGUAAGAAUGGAGUGUGCCUCAUUUUCUCGACGAACCAAAAUUACACGAUUACCCAAAAAAAUUUUACAUUUAUAUUUUGACUUGUGUUUGAUUUUAUAAACACACGUCAUCGAAAAAGUGUUUCCGAACGAAAAUUACACGAUUUUAAUAUGUCACAAAUUGUUUUUACAUUCAUGUCCGUCCAUGGACCUUGAAAAUACUGGAAAGUUCUUGAAUUGGAGAAAACAAUUCCAAGACUUGGAAAGUCUUUGAAAAUCAGUAGAAGUCCUUGAAAGUCCUGGAAUUAAUUUCCUUAACCUCCAGCUGUGCCAACAUUAGUGAUUUUGUGGAAUAUUACUGGAUAAAGUGAAUUAUUUACGGCAAAUCCGUGCCAUUUUCAAAGAUUUUUCCCAGUUCUAGGUCCUUGAAUGUACUGAAAAAGGGACAUGAAAGUCCUCAGGGUGUACACGGGUCUUGGAAAUCCUGGCAAGUCCUUGAAUUUCACCUUUACCGAAGGAUGGACAAAUCACUCACACGCCGUGAAAAAAAAUUCCUUUGCGUUUUGCAACGCUCAUACGAUUUAAAAUAAAAUUACAAGGACUAACCGUUUGCAUAUCGUCUUUUAUGCAAGAGAUAAAGCAUCAUGUUGUAUCAGAUACACGAAGUCUCAAUGGUAUGUCUUAUACAAACGGACGCGAAUGUUUUGUAUAGCUUGUGAAACGUCUUGAUUGGAACAUUCGUAUUUUCAACAAUGUAAAAUAAAUGUACGAUAUUUGGUGAAAAAAUGGACCAUUCCCCGAAUUAACCAAAAUUUUGAUCUCAACAAGUCGAGGCAAAAUUCCAUCAUAGCAUGAAAGAGCAUCACAAAAUUAGUAAUAUUUCAAAGUUUCGUUGCGAAAUGCUGUAAAAUGCGGAUAAUAUAGCCUUGCGAAGUUUGUAAUUUUCAGUCAUUUUAGAUUACAAACGGGAAAUGGUUACCACUUCUGUGCGUAAUACAAAAUUACUGAAAAUUACAAACUUCGCAAGGCUAUAUUAUCCGCAUUUUACAACAUUUUGCAACGAAACUUUGGAAUAUUACUAAUUUUGUGAUGCUCUUUCAAGCUGUGAUGAAAUAUUUGUUUAAGCUAGUUAAGAUCAAAAUUUUGGAAAGUGGUAACCAUUUCCCGUUUGUAAUCUAAAAUGACAGAUAAUUGCAAAUUAUUAUUAUAUUAUUUGAAUAUUACUAAUUUUGUGAUGCUCUUUCAAGCUGUGAUGAAAUUUAUGUUUGGGCUAGUUAAGAUCAAAAUUUUGGUUAAUUGGGGAAUGGUCCAUUGAAAUCAGCAUGAUUUUGUAUCAGAUAUACAAAUUCCUUCACGCCCAUGAUUUCUUUUGUGUUUUCUUCAUGAAUUAUUAAUGAGUUUCACAAUUAUCGCGCCGUGGGAUAACGCCGAAUACAAAUGGAAUAACGGUCUGAUAUAUUUCUUUUAUUAUUCCAGAGCCCCCACCUCCAACGUCGACGUGGUCGGCGGAUGGCACACAUGCUAUUGCGAAGAAACAUCAGGUGUGUUUCCUGGCCUGCCAAUCAUUUCAUCUAGUUAAGAAAUUAUUGCUUCGAUAUUGCUUUCAGGAAUUAUUUUGGCCCCUGCCUUUCUCUCUAAUGUACGCCACUGCAAAUGACAGGGUCCUCACGGUCCUUGAAAAUCCUGGAAAUUCCUUGAAUUUCUUAAAAAAAAUCCUGGCCUGGAAAGUCCUUGGAAACUGAUAAUAUAGGUUCGAUUCCCACCGUGGUCAGGCAUAUUUUUCAAGCUUGCCCGGCGUGGAUGCACACUCAGAGUAACAUCACAAACAUCAUAUUCACCUGAGUACAUUACACCAACACGGAAAAAUCAUUACUGAUUAUUAGAUUACAUUGAUAUCGAAGGAACUAGAUUCUGUCCUGAAAUAUCACAUACUCGAACUGUCCUGACCGCGUAGCUCAGUUGGCAGAGCAUUGGGCUAGUAUUCCAAAGGUCGUAGGUUCGAUUCCCACCGUGGCCAGGCAUAUUUUGCAAGUUUGCCCGGUGUGGAUAUACACUCAGAGUAACAUCACAAGCAUAAUAUUCGCCUGAGUACAUUACACCAACACAGAAAAAUCAUUCACGAGUGUAUAUUUUUUCAAAUUGCACAAGAAACCAUACUGCAGUUACUUAUUAAUAAUAUACAAUGAAAGAAUUACGCAGUUACAUGCUUGUGUAGACCACAUAAUUUUUAAAUAGCAAUCUACAAAAGCUCCAGCCAUUUUUGUCACUUGUAAAUGUUCGGGUUUUUGUAUUAUUUUCUGCUAUAAAUCCAUGUAUCUUGUAAUCAAUGAAAUUUGCAUUGUAUUUCAUUUCUUGCCACUGUAUUUCGAAAAAAUUGCUCUCAGUCAAUCCGAAUUGAGAAAUUUUUUCAGGUAUAUUAUGAACACAUGUAUCAUUUAUUUUCCAGCCGACAAACUAUACUCCACCAGCACCAAUAACAAUGCCAAUAUUUAAUGCUUCAUCUGAACAACAACCCGUGCAAACAGGUAAUUACAUACCAAAAAAUAAUUUUGUUCAGCCACAAAAAAAUGAAGUAUGAAUACUCCCAUUCACUUAAUUUGAAUUCAGUAAAGCAGGGCGCAUUGCCCUACAAAGGGUUAGGACAGGUCCGAUUGUAUUUUGACGUGAAAAGGUUUAAAAGAGUAACUUAUAUUUAUUAUUUGAUUAUUAUAGGUGACCCUACCGGUAGCGCAAUGCCCUCAAUGAUUCAUCAAGGUAGCGGUUUACCCCCAGGUGCUCCUCCUCAAGGGCCAGUUCAGAAUAUUCCAGUUGCGAAUCAGGUAAGGAUUGCUGUUGGUGCAUGUGGCUUUCUAGGGAGAACAGUUUAGAACUAUCCAGUAUAAGUAAAGUUAGUUUAGUUUAGGUUUCCUUCUGUAGUAACACUGGAUCAAUACGAGAUGACUCUUACUGCACCUCUAGGAAGAACAUUUUUUAGAACUAUGCAGUAUAAGUAAAGUUAGUUUAGUUUAGAUUUCCUCCUGUAGUAACACUGGAUCAAUAAGAGAUGAUUCUUACUGGACCUCUAGGAAGAACAGUUUAGAAGUGAUAGAGCUAUCCAGCAUAAAUAAAGUUAGUUUAGUUUAGGUUUCCUCCUGUAAUGACAUUGGAUUAAUAAGAGAUGAUUCGUACUGGACCUCUAGGAAGAACAGUUUAGAACUGGUAGAGCUAUCUAGUAUAAAUAAAGUUAGUUUAGUUUAGGUUUCCUCCUGUAGUAACACUGGAUCAAUAAGCGAUGAUCCUUACUGGACCUCUAGGAAGAACAAUUUAGAACUGAUAGAGCUAUCCAGUAUAAAUAAAGUUAGUUUAGUUUAGGUUUCUUCCUGUAGUAACACUGGAUCAAUAAGAGAUGAUCCUUACUGGACCUUUUGGAAGAACAGUUUAGAACUCCUGUAGUAACUCUGGAUCAAUAAGAGAUGACUCUUACCACGGUUAAUGGUCUAUUAAUCGCGCUCUUGCUGAACUGCAAGGAGAAUAUAAUGUAUAACUGCUAGAGCUGCAGGUAUCUUGUACAAAAAAGAUAUACCAUAGGUUAUUUUUCAUUUGUUGGUUUUCAAACUUUUUUUUUCUUUAUCUUCUCUUAGCCUGAACCUGUGAAAGAAGUUAUAAAGGCUCCCAUCCCUGCCGAACAUAUCCAAUUACAAGAGGCAUUUGAUGGUUUGGUUGCCAAGUGUCGUGGAACCGCUAUGAACCAGGUACAAUAAUGACACAUUUCCUGGUCCAAUGUAUGUUGUAGCAUCAAUGGACCAUUCCCCAAUUAACCAAAAUUUUGAUCUCAACAUGUCUAGACAAAAUUCCAUCAUAGCAUGAAAGAGCAUCCCAAAAUUAGUAAUAUUCCAAAGUUUCGUUGCGAAAUGUUGUAAAAUGCGGAUAAUAUAGCCUUGCGAAGUUUGUAAUUUUCAGUCAUUUUCUAUUACGCACAGAAGUGGUAACCAUUUCCAGUUUGUAACCUAAAAUGACUGAAAAUUGUAAAUUUCGCAAGGCUAUAUUAUCCGCAUUUUACAACAUUUUGCAACGAAACUUUGGAAUAUUACUAAUGUUGUGAUGCUCUUUCAAGCUGUGAUGAAGUUUUUGUCUAGACUUGUUGAGUUAAAAAUUUUGGUUAAUUGGGGGAAUGGUCCAUUGCGUCAACCAUUUAUCUUUUCUCUCUUUAGCAAACGAAGAAAAAGCUGGAUGAUGUGACCAAGAAACUUGGUGCUUUAUACGAUAAAUUAAGAGAACAAAAGGUUCAACUAUCUUAUUGUUGUUGUCAAUUCCAGGAUCACUUUUGACAGGCUUCGUACGAAACUUCAUAAUCCUUGAGCACUUGAAAUUGGAUACAAAAAAUCAAGAUCUUUGAAACUUGAAAUCUUCGAUGAUACUUGCUUACUAAAGUAUCAUCGAAGAUUCGAAGUCCUGAACAUAAACUCGUAAUUUGCAGUGUUUUACCAAUAUAGGCAACGAAUUAAACGUAACAAGUUUGUAGACGUUUGUUAUGUCUCACCGGGCAGGCUUGAAAAAUAUGCCUGGCAUAUGCCUGCCCGGUUUCAAUUACAAAGCUUUAAUAAUUAUUCUCUGCCCAAGGUGCAAUACAGUGAGGACUUUAAACAUCUCGAUAAACUGUUGUUUUCAGUUUCGUCACUUACUUUGCGUUAUUUUCGCGAUGGAAAAGCGAUUGAUUUCAGAAUGGCUAACACUCUUCUUUUGUUCUAUUUUAGCUAUCAGCAUCAAUUCUCGCUGGUUUACAUCAUAUAGCUCAAGGUACGUCUCUUUAG